ACACAUAAUUUCAAAUAGUUAGGUUAGUUUAGAUUAAAUAAGAAGUAUUGAGGUGUGUCCCUCAUAAGUUAAAUAACUAAGUUUAUAAACAUAAAAUGUCUGCAACAUUACGACCGUAUUUAGCAGCUGUUAGACACACACUUACGGCUGCUUUAUGCUUAGAAAAUUUUUCAUCGCAAGUGGUAGAGAGGCAUAAUAAACCUGAGGUUGAGGUUAGAUCUAGUAAAGAACUCCUACUAACUCCGGUGAUAAUUUCAAGAAACGAAAAAGAAAAGGUGCUUAUCGAAUCUUCUAUCAACUCUGUUCGCGUUAGUAUAUCUGUGAAGCAAGCCGAUGAGAUUGAGAAGAUUUUGUGUAAGAAAUUCAUGCGUUUUAUGAUGAUGAGAGCUGAAAAUUUUAUCAUAAUGAGACGCAAACCCAUCGAAGGAUAUGACAUAAGUUUUCUUAUAACAAACUUUCAUACCGAACAAAUGUUUAAACACAAACUGGUCGAUUUUGUGAUCCAUUUCAUGGAAGAAAUAGAUAAAGAAAUUUCUGAAAUGAAAUUAGCUGUAAACGCAAGGGCUAGAAUAGUAUCGGAAGAAUUUUUAAAGCAUUUUUAGUAAGUGUACAUUAAGCCUAAGUAUUAUUUAAAUGUAAAUAAAUCAAAGUUAGAUAGAUAAUAGGUACUACUCUUCAAAAGCAUGUUAUCACUCUUCUUAAAGGACUUAUAACAAACUGAGCAAAGCCAAUCUGUUUCAUUAGCAAUAACAUUGACUUUAGUCACAGCAUCGUAAUUUUUAUUCUAUUUUCGUUUGAUAAGUACGAACAGUUAUAGCACUAUUAGUUAUGUAUUGCUUGCGCUGUCGCAGUUAUUUUAAAAACGUUUAUUAUGCAUUUAGUAAAUCGUGGCAUUGUGAUAACGAUUUGUUUUGUAUAUUGUAUUGCAAAUGAAAAAACAAAUGUGACAUAGAAAAUCACAUCAUAUGUCUUCCCAAUUUUGAAAAACUAACACAUAAUUUAAUUGUUUUAAUUUACAACUAGUGAAAAACAAGUUCAUUAAGCUAAUAAUUAAAACAAAAAAUUAUCUAAACCUUUUCAUUGGGUUAACAUUCCUUGUUUGCUACAAAAACAUUAAUUAUUAAUAAGCCAUAAAUCCCUUAAUAAAAAUAAUAACGUUAAAAAGUGCAAUGUAAUUUUGUAAAAGUUUUGAACGUAAAAGAAUUCAGAACUAAUAAACAUUUUUUUCAUUACUAACAGAAAAGAAAUUAAGCCAAAAUUAUCAAGUCAUUUUAAAUAUUUAAUAAUAGGAAAUGUUAUGUUUAUAUAAUAAUCUAACGCUACUUUUGCAAACUAAUUCGUAAUUGUGUAAUUAUCUCUAUUUUUCUUUUAGUAAAUUUAAAUGCAUUCAAAUGUGUGUCUUGUAUAAUUGUGGUUUAUUUUUAUAUUUUUGUUAAUAAAAAAAGUAUUAUACAAUCAGAAUAAAUUUUUUCUCUGUCGUACUUUCAGUUUUUUAUUUUACAUUUACUAAAAUAUU